GGCCUCGGGCCCCCAGGCGGAGCGGCGGGCGCCGGACCCCCGGGUGGAGCGACAGGUCUCGUGCCCUCAGGCGGAGCGGCGGGCGCCGGACCCCCAGGCGGAGCGACAGGUCUCGGGCCCCCAGGCGGGGCGGCGGGCGCCGGACCCCCAGGCGGAGCGACAGGUCUCGGGCCCCCAGGCGGAGCAGCGGGCACCGAGUCACCAGGCACGACAGUGGGCUCCGAGUCAACUGGCAUGACCGCUGGCACUAGGUCAGACAUUGGAUCGUCUGGCUGGACAGCGGGCAUCGGGUCACCAGGCAUCAGGUCAUUUGGCUCGACAGCGGGCACCGCGUCAUCUGGCAAGGCAGUGGGCUCCGAGUCAACUGGUAUGACCACGGGCACUGGGUCAGACAUUGGAUCGUCUGACUGGACAGCGGGCAUCGGGUCACCAGGCAUCAAGUCAUUUGGCUUG